AUGCUCCAACCAGAAGCAAUCAAUAACGUUAUCCCUAUAUUAGAAGAAGCAGGGAUUGAUUCCCUCGAAUUCUUACUCGAGAGUGAACAAGAAUUACUUGAAGGAGUGGAUAUAAAACCUCAUGUUGCUCUUAAAAUCACAUCUGCAGCAGUAUCAUACAAGUAAUAAGUAUUAAAAGAACCUGACAUAUCGCAAAACUAAUAUAUUUAACAAUCAGCUCCAUUAAUGAAAUCUUAAGAUAAACCAAACUACUAUGGAGGAAACUAAAAGCCUUAUAGUAAUCAAAUAGAAUAACCAAAGGCAAUACCUCAAACUCAGGUCAGAGAAAAAUUUGUUGCCCCUUCAAGUCUUUAAUACAUUUAGCCAAGAAGUAUUCAAUAAUAAGGUACGGCCUAGUACCUGAUCUAUGAAAGUUUCUAAGAUAAGGGAUCAGAAUACAAGAUGAGCAAGACUCGCUUAAACGAGAAUGAUUUCAUAGGGUUGAUCUCAAAUAUUAAGGCCAAAGAUAAGGCCAAAUUACAAGUUGUUGGAUACUAUGGUGACUUCAAUCAAUGCUUGAUAUAUGCUUAGGCGUUUUUGCAGGCUGAAAAUAUGCCGAAUCCACUCAUAAAAUUUGACGAAGGUUUAAUUGCUUUCAAAAACAAAGAUAAAAUAGCUUUUAUCUACAAGAUAGAUCCAACGGUCUAUUUCCUUAGGGAAUAGCAAAGAAAUGCUGUCGAAUCAUCUCAAGUUUCAACAUAUAUAAGAUAUAUCAUAGAUGCUUGUGAAAUAGUUAUCAUUGUGCCACCCAAGGGAUUAAGAGUAAGAAAUGAUAACACAACUCCAUAUUAGGAACAAAUGAAUUCAGGGUAUAUUUUAGAAGAAGUUUAAUUCAGCCAAGAUGAUUCUAAUAGGAUUUAGAAGAUUUCAGGGGCAAUAGGAUUAAUAAGAAACUUAAAUCUGAAACAAUAUAAUGCUUUUAAAGACAAUUCUAAGCAUUUUCCGAGUGCUUAAUUUAAAUAUGCGGGUAAAAAAGAAUUGAUUCAAAUUAAAUUCUCUAAUGACAUCAUUAAUGGAUAAAAGUGGUGGUAAACAAAUUAUUAUUCCUAUGAAUAGCUAAAAAGUGAGGUUAUUGCUAUCUGGCCAUUAUUUAGUUAAAAGUUUCAAAAUAUUAAACAUGGUUAAAAUUUAAAAUCUAAUAUAGACUUUCUAUUGAGGGGAUUUGUCCCAAAAAACAAGAUUAAUGAUUUUGAAAAAAUUGCCUAAAAAUCAUAUGAUUAAUACAUUAAAGAAUAUGUAUAAUUAGAGGAUGAAAUAAAAAAAGAGGAAUCAUAAGUGUUUGAAAAAUUAUUCAAGGAAUUCUUUGAAAAAUUGUAGGAAUUUUCUUGUAGUGUUUUCGUAAAAAAUAAAGAAGAAAUAAAGCAAGAAAAUGAUGCUAAGAAAUCAUCUUGGCUACCAAAUAUUUUCGGAGGGUAAAAAAAAGCGGAUUGUACAAAAAAAUGCGGAUUAUAUGAUUUUAAGAAAUUUUAACUGAACUUUAAAAAAUAUAUAAUUAAGAUAGAAAAUACAUAGGAAGGAGGAAGUAAAUUGAUGUCAAUAAAUUGGGAAUUAUUUGAGAAGUGUUACCGAUAAUUCUAUGGAGAAGAUGAUAAGAAUAAUUCAUUUACUCUUCAUCAAAACCAAUAAUAAAAUAUAACAGUACUCAUUGAGAAACUUCAAUAAGAUUUUUUGAGCUAUAAUAAGCAAUAGAUUGCCAAAUUUUUAGAUUUACGAAAAAAAACAAUAAAUAAUGUCUUCAAGGAUAUUGAACCAUUAAUUAACAAAUAUAGGAAUAAUUAGGAGAUAACAGUAGAGAUCAGAUUUAUUUCAGCUAAUGUAAUGGUAGACACCUUAAAAUAGGAAUUGGACUGGUCAGUUCAAAACUCAUAAAUCAACGUCCUCAAGUAUCAGUUUGACAACUCUGAGGAACAUGGCAAUAAUAUAGUUAUGUCUUAGAUGCAUUUCAUUACAGAAUAGUCUGGCUUCAUAGUUUUCUAAGAUUCCCCUUAAGAUAAAUCAACUCUAUACUUCUUCAACUAUAUGAAGAGAGAUUCUGAGGUAUUUAAAAAACUUUCGAUUUAACUGGAUAAAAAUUCCUUAUUUGCAUUUGAUUCUGAUACCAAGAGAAUCUUUUAUUGCGAUAACAAAGAUAAAAUAGCUGCACUUUCUACUUUUGAUAAGGAAGGAAAUAUACUUGAGACUAAUGAAAUAUAACUCUAUAACCAAAAUAUUGAAAACUAAAGUAUUCAAAAUAUAGUAGAUGCAAUUAUAUUACCAAAACAUAAUAAAGUAAUAAUUCUAAAUGAGAAAAAUUUUAUUUUUGAACUUUGCUUGUAAGAUAAGAAAUAUUAUAUUACGAUAGCAUUUUCAAAGGGCAAUGCUUAUUAAGGAGAAUUAAAAAAAUUUUAUGUACAACCAUAAAAUGGAGGUAAUAAAUUCUUUAAAAUUUAGUCUACUUCAGAUGGCAGCAAAAUUGCUCUAUAAACUGAAAACAGCCUAGAUAUAUUUGAUAAUAAUUGGGAAAGAAUAAAAGCAUUACCAUUGAAAAAAGACUUUAUAUUUUUCAAAAUAUUUGCUGAUAAAAUGCAUCAUUUUGUCAUAAUUUUCCAUUAAGGAUCAACAGAAUGUUUUUAGAUUGGCUUUUUAGCAAAGAAAUCACUUAGCUAUAAACAUGAAGAAUACAGAAAUACAAGAGGAGAAGGUAAUCCUAUCCUAAAUUUUUUGUAUGAUGCUUUUAAGAAAUACGGACCACAUUCUGAUUUUCUUGGAUGUCCAUCAAAAACUCAAGUAAUUUUUUCAGAUGAAAAUAAUCCAUAAAAUGCUACUAUUUUGGCAAGUUACUUUAAAUUGCUAAAUAUUAAGAGUUCUGUAAACUUUUAAAUAGAAAAGCCCGAGAAGCUUAAGUAGCCUAAUUUUAUUAAUAAUUGGCUAUCGAUCAUAGACCCAAUCGUAUUAGAAAUGAUUUUACUUAGCAGAGUUCCCUUACAUCUGGCAACGAUCGAAAAUUCUACUCUUAUUCCUCUAUAAAAUGGCAAAAAUAUUUCUGAGAUAAUUGCAGAGAAUAAGAGAGCAGAUAAGGGUGGUAAAUAAUUCGGAGUAAAAGAUGUGAUACCACUGGUCGAGUUCGGACUCUAUGAAAAGUUAAUGGCUAGUAUUUAGUAAUCCAUGAAAGUAGUUUGCAUUGUUGGUAGAUAAAGUUCUGGAAAGAGUUAUGGUUUAAACAGAAUCUUUGGUACUAGAUUUAAUGUAGCUGCAACUAGAUGUACUGAUGGUAUCUGGAUGUCUGUAGUAGCUGUAUACUAUGAAAAGUAAAAGCCUUAAUACUUCUUAGUAAUGGACUGUGAGGGUUUAUUUUCUGAGAGAAGAAACGAAGAUGAGGAGAUUAAGCUUUGUCUUGUACUCUCAGCAAUAUCAGAUAUGAUGAUCCUUAAUUAGGAUUUGUCUUUCAAUAGAAAUCUAAACUAGCUAUUUCACAAAUUCAGUGAGAAUGCUGGAAGAAUUCAGGGCGAUAAAUUGUUCAAAGGAAAACUUAUGAUGCUUAUAAGAGAUGUUAGAGCUGAUGAAGCCGGACCAGCAUAUUAAGAGCUAAAAUCAAAUAUGGAAUAAUUGUAAAUAAGCAAGCAAGAUAAAUUUUUUGGAGCUGUUUUCUAAGGUUAAUUAAUAGGUUAAUGCCUUAGUUAUUUCUAGCAAAAGAUAUUCAAUCAAGAGAUCUAAUUUGUUAGGGAACAUUACUUCUUGUCUAGUUAGUAUUUAUUACAGAAUAGAUGGGAUAAUGGUAAAGACUUAGUCGAUAGUCUUAAAGUAGUUCUCACUCAGGUUUUUCUUAAUGAUGGAUCUAAUAUUGACGACAGAAAAUUCAAUCUUUAAUGCGAGGAUUUUCGUAAAAGCUGCUAAGAAUCCUUUUAUAGUGGAGGUGAAUUUCUUAAGGUAAAGGACUUAAAAAAUCUUUCCACAAUUAAAAUACAAUUAGAAAUAGAAGGUAAGAUGAUUAAUUUUGAAGUGGAUCAAAGUGAAAUAUAACUUGAUGAGAUUGAGAAAAAUUCCUAAUAACCCUAAAUAUCUGAAAGGGUAUUUCAAGUUUUUGAAAACUUUGCUGGUAAAAAGACUGAUGAAAAUUAAGUCACUUGGCAUAAAGCACUGGUUAAGUUUAUAGAUAGUCUACUUGAUCACAGAGCAAAAUUAGUAAUGGAAAUAUUCUUGUAAAAAAUGCCUAAUGAUGGGAAGUUUGAAAACACUGUGAUUUUAAAUAAAUCAGAAUUGGAAGAAUUUACCAAGACUUACUUGGAGGAAAUGAAAUUUUGCAAUAAAUUGUGCAAGAAUUGCAAGAGGACCUGCGCGCUUAAGAACAAGCAUUCGGUAAAUUGCAAAUGUAAGACAAAUCAUAAGUGCUAUAAAGUCUGCCAAAAAUCAAAGAAUUGCAGGGAUCAGGGUUUUAAAUGCGAUAUAAAUUUUGGACAUGAUGGGGAGCACUCAUGCUCUGACGGAAAUCAUAACUGUAUCGAGUAAUGUUAAAUUCCUGAGUGUACGUUUAUCUGUUAGCAUGAAAUUGGACAUGCUGAUAAACACAAAUGUGGAAACUAACAUGCUUGUCCAAAGAAAUGCUAAGAUUCAAAAUGUGAGAGAACUUGUAUGUUUGAAUACGAUGCACCCCAUGAUUAGCAUCUUUGUGGAGAAGAAAAAUGCAUUCAUUAGUGCUCACUUUGUGAUAGAAGGUGUAUGUUCCCUAAUCAUCUCCACUAAGAGUUAAUUUAGAAAAAAGAUUCAAAGAAUUUAGAAUUUAGAUAAGAAGAUGGAAAAGUUGAGUAGCUGAACUUUCAUAUCUGCGAAAAUGAUCAUUAAUGCAAAAAUGAAUGCUAAAUUAAUGGUGUAUGUGAUAAGAAGUAUGAGAGUAUUGAAGGUACUUGGAAAAAUGAAAAGGGAGAAACAAAAUACAAAUAAUUCAAGCAAAAGGUAGGGAAAAAUCAAUGCUAAAUAAGAAUCUAAAAAUAUAAACAAUAACACAAUGGGUCCCAUAAUUGUGGAAAACCAAAACAUGAUUGCGAUUAAAAGUGUCCAGAAUGCUCUGGUUUGUGCUCUAAAGAGUAUGGUCAUUAAGGACUUCAUAGUACAAAUUCACAUGUGAAUAAAAUGAACUGCGUAAUGAUUUCCAAAAACAAUGAGGAUAAAAUUUUGAUUAAUGAAAAUGGAAAUAUAAGAGAGUACAAGCAAGGUGGCAUUUGCGAAGCUGAAUAAUGUUCUUUAUCCUGCCAAAGGAGAGGUAGAUCUCAUGUUCAUUUGAAGAAAUGCUAAGGUGGUGAUCAAUGCUAAGAAGUAAAAAACAAAGCAGUUGCCAAGCAUUCAACUUAAGAGUAUGCAAAGUUUAAAGGUCAAAAAUUUGAUGAAAUGCUUUGCUAAAGCUACUGGAAUUCAUUGGGUUGGGAGCUACCCCUUGAUGAGAGUUAACUUAAACUUGUUCAUAGUUGCAAUUAUCAGUGCACACAUGAAUCUCAUGCAGAAGAUAAAUAGUAUUGUGAUCAGUAGAAGUGGCAUGAUGGAAAGCACUCUUUCAAGUGUGAGCACGCUGAUAAAAUUGAAGAAGAUGUUAGCGCACAAGAUUAUGAAGUCAUAGCGUGA